GCACAACAAGGCGGAGCAGGUACCUUCAGUUAGCCAAGCUGUAGUCAGCACUAGGUGCGGGACAGCUCCCUUUGGUUUCAGCACCUCGUUUUGGGUUAGUUCAGUGCAAUGCAAUCACGAUGAGUCUAAGGGCACAGGACUAGAGACUUGGAGUAACAGCAAACUGUGGCACUUUUUCAAGUUUUAUCAACCAUUUCAGAAAGGACAGUUUAUUUAAGCAUUCAGAAUAAUUAAAAGAAGGGAACAAACAUGCCAGAGCAAAGCAAUGACUACAGAGUUGUCGUAUUUGGAGCUGGAGGUGUUGGGAAAAGCUCCCUAGUUCUGAGGUUUGUUAAGGGUACUUUUCGAGAAAGUUACAUCCCAACAAUUGAAGAUACCUAUAGACAGGUGAUCAGCUGUGACAAAAGCAUUUGUACCCUUCAGAUUACUGACACUACAGGUAGUCACCAAUUUCCAGCUAUGCAACGCCUAUCAAUAUCUAAGGGACAUGCAUUUAUUUUGGUGUACUCCAUCACCAGCAGGCAGUCCUUGGAAGAGCUUAAACCUAUAUAUGAGCAGAUAGUCCAGAUCAAGGGAGAUGUAGAAAGCAUUCCCAUUAUGCUAGUGGGGAAUAAGUGUGAUGAGACACACAAUCGAGAGGUAGACAGCAGUUUAGGUGAAUCUAUGUCAAAGAAAUGGAAAUGUGCCUUUAUGGAAACCUCGGCCAAGACAAAUUACAAUGUGAAGGAACUUUUCCAAGAACUGCUGAAUCUGGAAAAGCGAAGGACAGUAAGUCUUCAAAUAGAUGGCAAAAAAAGUAAGCAGCAGAAGAGAAAGGAGAAGCUCAAAGGAAAAUGUGUGGUGAUGUAAGACUUUGGAAAAAGCACUACUGCAUGAAAGUGUGAUGUUCAAAGUUAACAGUUUCUGUGGAACUAAUGGGUGCAAAGCCCUGUUAUAAAACAUCUGUCCUUUUGCUUUGAAAAGUAAAUGUAGGUAAUACCAAAAAGAAUCCCCAAGUGAUUUGUUUGCAUAUUGCCCUCCUCCCCCACCCCCCCAAGGAAAAUAAUUCACUAGAUUUCAUGCCUGUCAAAUGUAUUCAUUGUGAAGGAGUCUUAUAACCAGACCAUGGUAUAUAAAAUGAUGGUUUGGCAAAAUGUUGCAUUCAUUUGCAAUAUGGUGCAGGUUAUAUAUACUGACUACAAUUAUGGUUUGCAGUUUCAUACAAAUUUUGUACUGAUCAUUAACUAAAAUGUGGAAUCACAUUUUGAGUAUUUUGCUGACAGAAUUUACUGAAUAACAACUGUAGUAGUACAUUUGGUGUUAAGAUGGGAGAUUUUAAUUUUCUGGAAGUUGGUUUUAAAUAUUAAAAGGGUUUUCUGUAAUUCAUGGGCUGUGCAGCAGCUGGGAUUGAAGGAUUUCAGUUUAAGGUUGUUACAGUGUUUUAAAUCUCAGUGCAGUCUCACUGUGUAAGUACCAUCUGUUCAUGCAGAACAUUGAUCAGAAGUGAACAGUGUGCCUUAACUGGAUCCACUUUUAAAGAGAUUUGGAAAACCUUUUCCACUUAUUUUGUUAUAUUUCAUCUGAUGCGAUGUCCACUAGAUUUCAGCUGUCCUACUGAUAACUUAAAGUAAAGUAAUGUUCAUAUUAAAACUGAACUAUAAAAUGGUCACUGUUAUUUUAAGGCAUUUCAGUAGACUGAAGUUAUACUUAAAAUAUUAAAUGAUCAUCCCUCCCAGAGAUUCUGUGCAAUUCAUUUUUAUCAAAAACAUAUAGCAUUAUCCUGAACCGUAUGACUUUUCCUAGUACAAUAGUAUACUCAGCUGGAAGAUAUGACAGAAAUAUGUUUGUGUUUAGUUCGUGACAUCAGUCUUAACAUUCUUUAAUGGUCAAUUGAAAACCCUUACAUUAGGGAAACAAAAACAAAUCUAAAGAGAAGAGAAUUAGAUAUGUUGAAUGCAUUGCCAUGAUAACUUGUAUAUAAUGAAUUUGUAUUGAUUGCUAAACAGUGCCACUUUAAGUGAAUUGACAAAGAUGUAUCACUAAUGUCUGCAUUUUUAAGGUUUAUACAAUUUAUACAAAUGAAUAGUUAAUUGGAAUGUCCUUAUCUUCACAUCUGUCAACAUGUAUAUUAAGCUAAAAAUGUGAAGUUCAAGAAAAUUAAGUUAAUUUACUCUUAAGGUUUAGACUGUAUAAGCAGUGACUAGGGAGAAAACGAUAAAGGGGUAUUGAGAGCAAAUUGAUUUCUGUCCAGUCACUGUGGCUUUUUGAUGUAGCUGUGAUAACGUAUGAGGAGAGAAAAACAAGACUGAGAGCCAAGAUUUCCAUUAGCAGGUUAUGUGAUGCAGAGAUUCUCUAGUCAAUAUGGUAUAAAAGCCACAGUCAUUUCCAAAGGGUGAGGACUAACUGUGAAAUGCGAUACUUGCUAAAGAAAAAUAAGCAGGUUUGCUUUUCAAUGGAAUUGUAGUGAAACUUCCUAAAAGUAGCCAUGACUACUGAUGGCAUUGGCCAUUAUAAUUUAUAGUCUGUUUCAAGGUCUGGGUGAAGUACAUCCAUGUGACUUGUGUGAUCAUGGCACUAUUUAUCUAUAAAAAUAGUAUUUAAAAUGUCCGUCUCGAUUUGCAUUGAUACUCUGAACCCAGAGAUGUUUCACAUGUAACACUGAAGAACAGCUGAAUUGCUUGAAAUUACCGUUUGCACUAGUGCCUAAAUCUGCAUUUUCUGACUUUUUCAGCUAUUCUCUGGCUGAGUUUUCAUCCCUCUGCUGUAGGUAUCUCUGUAAAAUCAGUGUACUGUUAUAAUUAGCUGUGCUUCAUUGUUAAUGAGUACUGGAACCAAUGAGAAUGCAUGCAUAAAGAAAGUAAUGCUGCUUUACACAUUAUGAAGUGUUUUCAGCACUUUGCCUACAAUGCUUUAAAUUCUAGAGAUUGCAUUGUUUAUUGAGGCAGGCUGAUGGGCAAAAAUAACCACUGAUGAAUUUUAUUUAGCAGAAUACUUCAUUUAAAAGUCAGUCUUGGGAAGUGUAAAGUAAGCAGGCUUUGUGGUUUCCAUUGUCAGUUAGCACUGGCAUAAUUCUUUAAGGGGUGUAAACACUGUACAUACCUAUGUUGUAUUCAUUUGUAAGUGUUGAUUCACCUGGAUCUACACGUGCAUUAUUACUUGAAGCCAUAUUUGUUAGACUGCUUGUAAACUGUAAAAUUAUCCUUAUUGUAUGCAGACUGCUGAAAUGUAUUGAACUAGGCUCCAUUGCUUCAAAUGUUACACCGGGUAACACUACAGUAUUUACUACAAUGUAGCCUGUAGAACAGAAAUUCUGAAGUCAUAAUUCACAUCAUAUGUGUUGUAGGUAAAGUAUCUGACAUCUAUUUUUAUAGAUGUGCAGCUUUCGUCAGAGUCUGAAAACAGUUUCUACAGUAUCCUCUCUAGUUUUAGUCAUGUUUGUAUAUAACCUGUGCACCAAUGACAUAUGAAAAGUAAAUAAUUGUGGCAGAAUGGCAUUUUGUCUAGUGUAGUCAGUAAUACAAUUAAAUUACUCUACAUUUUCUACAGUAUAAUAUGGUUAUUUAUGGAAUUUUUACAUGUAAACAUCUAUUUGUUAUUUUUGAAACCAGUGUUUUUCCAUAGGAAACAGUGCACUAUGGGGGUUAGCUGUAUAAAGAGUUAAGGAUUAAUUUGAUAUGUAUUAAUGCUAAAAGUUUACUUUUAGGAUAAUAAUGUUUCAUGUUUGUUAAAUUACAUUAUUUAAAUGCCUGUAUAUAAGUCAUGUUUAAAUGCCUGUAUAUAAGUCAUCUGUGCCUAUAAGUUUUAUAUAUUGCAGUGCUUUCUUGUAUAUAUGUAUAGUAAAGACUGUAUAAUAAAAUUUAGAAUCGA